CCAAGAGGCUCGCUCUCGCCUGAGCGCGCUCCUCUGUCGGCUCACUAACUGGGUGUCGGCGUGAACGUCGGGAAGCUGUGAAUGAACAUUAAUGUGGAAUCUAAUGUGCUUUUCGCGCUGGAUGGUUUUCCUCGGCCAUUUCAUUUCUGCUUCGGAAGUCGGUCAUACAGACAUACAGUCAAGCUCAGCAGACUCACAGCACCACCAGGCACUGAGCAAUAGUGGUGAGGUGAUGGCAGAUUUGGCAGGCAGUACAGAUCUCAGCAGAUGGUCUGCUGCACACUGAACCGACCAAAAACAGCAAAACAUCGAAGGAUAGACAGAAUGGAUUUCUUUAAUUGGACCGAAGGAGCCUUUGCUACAAACAGCAGCAGUUAUGACUCCUUUGAGACUGCAACACUCCCUCCCAGUAAAAUCCUACUAACAAUAACCCUUUCUAUUGUUGCCGUACUAACUACAUUCUUUAACUGUCUGGUGAUCACAGCUAUUGCUGUCACCCGCAAGCUACAUCACCCAGCCAACUACCUCAUCUGCUCGUUAGCGGUGACUGACCUGUUGGUGGCUGUGCUUGUCAUGCCCUUCAGCAUAAUCUACAUCCAAAAUGAAAAAUGGAUCAUGGGCGAGGUGGUGUGCACCAUUUGGUUGAGCAUAGACAUUGCGUGUUGUACCUGCUCAAUUCUUCAUCUUGCUACAAUUGCCAUUGACCGCUACAGGGCCAUUACAGAUGCCGUGGAGUAUUCUCGCAAGCGCACAGGAGCCAGGGCUGGUGUCAUGGUGGCAGUAGUGUGGCUCUUGUCCAUUCUCAUUUCACUUCCUCCGCUACUCUGGCGACACUACAGCGAUGACGAAGAGCAUAAGGAUCAAUGCAUCAUCAUCCACCACCACAUGGCUUUCACUCUUUAUUCCACUCUUGGGGCAUUUUAUAUUCCUCUGAUGCUCAUUCUAAUCCUCUAUUACAAAAUCUACAAGGCUGCCCAGACACUUUACAUGCGCAGAGAGGCUAGCAGGGCUAGCCGUCACUCAUGCAUGACCAAUGGGAGCAUGAUUCCUUCAUCCUAUCCUGCUGGAGACAGCGAUGGUGAUGGUGGUCCUCAGAGUCCAGAGCCCAUAAGCCCACCAGAAAAGUCCUUCUCUGAGCCUUCUACUGAGGAAACGCCACGUGAACGGGUGCGAGCCUCCAAAAAGGUUUUCCAAAGCAAGUCACGCAGGAAUGACUCGAGGAGCGAGUCACGUCGAAGCCAAAUUUACCAAGCGCCCCGGAUUUCAGGCUCACGGGAACGAAAGGCAGCAUCCACACUGGGGUUAAUAAUAGGGGCCUUUGUUAUCUGUUGGCUGCCAUUUUUUGUCAAGGAGGUGAUCGUCAAUACAUGUGGUUCCUGCAACACUUCUAUCGAAAUGGCAGAUUUUCUUACGUGGUUGGGCUACCUUAACUCUCUGAUCAACCCCCUCAUCUACACCAUCUUUAAUGAGGACUUUAAAAAAGCUUUCCAAAAACUUAUUAGAUGCAGUCAUUACCUCUGAUGCUUAGUCAUGCAUGAUAGAGCUCACACACCAUUUAACAAACAUAUGUAACAAAAAGAGAACAAAAGUAGUGGCUUCAGUCAGAGAAUACUAACAGAACACUAAAUCAAUAUACCACAGGAAAAAGGAUAUAAACAAGAAAAAAGACUGAUUCCCAUUUUCAGAAUUAAUAUUAACUACUUCAACAACCGAAGUGGCAUCCCAUUUCACUGAUGGGUAUUGGUUUAAAGUUCAACACUGAAGUCCAGCCUCUGCUAUUUAUAGAGCAGCCCAAUAUCUCCCUAAUGUUAAUUGGUGUGUGUGAAAGGAUGCUGACAUGUUGGUUUUGAAAUAUAAGGCAACUGCUGACAUUUCUGAGGUCUGGGUUCUGAGCAUUAGAGAUUAGCCCUAUUUAAAGGUAUAUAAAUAGCUGACCAUCAUGUCCAAUCCAUCUAAUAAAUUCAUUUUUGUCAUCUGGACACUGCUGGCUAAAAUGUGUCGUGUAAAAUACCACAACCUACUAAGUCAUUGUUUUAUAUGGUCAUGGUAUUAAAAAAAAACAUUUUUUCUCACUUUCACUCUUAUCAUCAACAGGAUUAUCUUUUUGUGUUAUAUAUGUUCCGCAAAACCUUUGAACAAAUUUGAACAUGUUGUUCUGACUUUAAUCAUUUAAAAUGUCUUAAAGUUAUGGAAAUAUUCUAUGGCUUUUAUAAACUUCACUAUGCUGCAUCUUAACAUCCUGUGUUUUCAAACAGAAAAGGUUAACAUUCAGAAAUGUUCAUAAAGUAUUUGAAGGGUAAUUCUCUGCUUUCAGAACUAUGGAUGCUCCAACUAUGGAUGCUACCAUAAAUAGACAACAUCUAUUUAUUAUAGAUAUUGUCCUUAUGCAUUACCAAAUUGGCCCUUGUCACAUUAAUGUAUAAAUAAAUGGAUAAAAUGUAUCUUAAAAGAUCUUUGCUUCAAUCUCUCUCUCCCUCUCCCUCUCUCUCUCUCUCUCUCCCUCUCCCUCUCUCUCUCUCUCUCUCUCUCUCUAUCUCUUUCUUUUUCUCUCUCUUUCUUUCUGAAAACUAAAUUUCAGGUUUCCUGGACAAAUGUGGAGUUUCUAAUUAGUGAUUUAAAGUUGAAGAAAGUUUAGAAGAGUGCUCUAAGAAUUUAAGGCAAUAUGUCCUUUGAGGUCUGGCAUCUUCAAACACCUGAAAGCAGCAUCAGAUAAAUUGAUUAGACACCUAACUGUCAGACUGUAUUUUUGAGUCAUAUUAGGGAGGGCGAAUGUGGAUUUCAGCACAUCUGCUCCAUCCAGCUACAAGACUGUCAAUCCAGGGGGGGCACCAGCUGUUUUCAUUACACAGAUGCAUUUAAUUGUUGUGUUAUUUAUUUAUUUAUUUAUUUAUUGAAAUCAUGAACACAGCUGUAAUAAGUAUGAAAAAGUAAUUUUGCUGAAUAAUUUGAAUUGUGGUUGAAGACUCAGCCUAUAUGUUUUUCUGAUAAAUUGCAAUAUACCACUUCUAUUAUUAUCAUCCUUAAGUCACACAACUUAAAUCAGGUUUGCCAAAUCUUACUUAUCUGAAAUGGAACUAGUUUUCCUUGUAUCUGUCCCUCUGAGACUUUGUCCACACAAUUCUUUUUCAAAAUAAGAAAGCUUACAGCAAAACACUUUUUCACGCAGCUAUUUACGAUUAACCAUUCUAAACACAUGGACAAUAUUUACAUUGUAUUCUCUUUUUUUAUUGUUAGCAUUGACACAUCUAAGAUUACAUAUUAAAGUGGUAUGUGAUGACACAUGUUUUAGAUUGAGCAGACGAUUGAUGCAAGAUGUAGUACAGUCAAUAGAUACCAUUGUUCAUUUAGGCCAUCUUAUACUUUGAGUCAUGCCAGCAAAACUUCCAUUGUUAAGACAGGAAUUAAAGAUAUGCACCUUAUCCACGGCACUAGUUUCCAAAAGAGAACCAUGACUCGUUGUUUUUAUGACUUGGUCAGUUGUUUACAUGACAAAGGGUACUUUUUUAAAUGGAAGCAUUAGUUCCAUCUCACGUUUUUAAAUACCAGCUUAAUAGGUUGUGAAGGAAGUGUGGUACCCAGCUCUUGCAGUCAAUGAGCAAGAAACCGUGUAUAGCCUGGACUGGUGGAAAAUUCGUCAUAGGGCAGCACAAAGACAAAAAAGGACAAUAAACCUUGUAUUCCCACUUUCAUGAUUGACGAUAAUGUAAAGAGAUAAAUCAACCCAACAGUCAAGUGUCCGGACUGUGGGAGGAAAGAACGCAAACACAGGGAGAACACACAAACUCCAUUCCAAAACGCCACCAUGGGAUUGUAUCCCAGAACCCUCUUGCUGCAAGGUAACAAUGCUCACAACUGUACCACAGUGCAGCAGGUGUGGUAGCAUACUCAAAGAAUUAUUAAUGCAUGUACCUCAUAUCAUCAGUGUUAUAUCUGAAAUCACACCAUCUCUGAGCUGUAAACUCAAGCAUAAAAGUAUAGUGAGGUUACGCUAUUUAUAUAGAGUCUUGAUCUUUGAGUGCAAGGAUGAAGGCUGAAGAUGAUAUCACUGUGCCAAAAGAAAUGAUUUUAGGCUCCAGACAAAGAAGAGAAUGAGAUCAUCACUAUGUCCUUAAACUCAACUUAAAACUGCUUUCACCAAGACUCCAUAUGAUGCAAUGUCCAUUUUAGGGAAGAAAAAGGUGAACAAUGCAGAAAAAAAAAAAAAAAAAAAAACAAAUGGAUCUAUGAGCUUUGCAGACCUUUUGGCUGUAAGUUGACUUUAUGCAAAGUAAUAAAAAAAAAUGUGCUUAGAUAAAAUCUAAGUCUAACAGGGACCAGUAAUAGAGGAUUGCUACUUGCUGGAAAAUACCAGAACAAAAAAGGUAGGUGAACGUGUUGAGAAUGAAUGAAACCCAAGGGUGCAACCCUGGGCUAACCAGGCAGCCCUGGCUCAAGGUAAUAUCUGCUCAUUACAAAAUUAUUUUCUAUGCUACUUAUUUGUUCCUUUUAUAAUAUUUUUCAAAUAAAUAUUUAAGGUAAAUGUUUGUCUGAGCUCUGCCCAAACAGCUAAAACUGCCAUAAACCUCGCCUGUUAGUGUGAGGAAAACUAGAAAACUGACAGAACAUCUUGUUAGAGGUAUCAAACAGAAAGCAUUCCCCCGGAUAAGUCCGAUUUCCAUACCUUUCUUUUAAGGAGCCUUUGAGUCAAGCAUCAGUUAUAUGGAAUCUGUGUGUAAUUAUCAGAUAAUUGUUUCUGAACUUUAUGAUGUAACCUUGCCAUUUAUGUAAGAAACUGCCUUUUUUUAGACUGUAACAAUGUUUCAUAUACUAUUUUCCAAGAUAUUUUUAAUUUAAUUUAUUUAAUUCUUUUUCCUCAAACUGUAAACAACCCAGCCUGGUUAACUUUCACACCGUAGCCAGUACAGGGUUAAUCAAGCCUCAGAGUUACUGGCGUAGAAUUCCUCAUUAUAUUACUCCCACUCAAAUACUUUGAAUAGGACUCCUAUUUUUUACCAUCUUGAAGACAGUAUGUGAUAUGUUAGGAAUGAUUUUGGAUGAGUCAAGUGUGAGGGUGUACUGUAUGCCACUGAAAUAAGAUAAGAAUAGGUGUGGAAUAUGGUUGCUUACAUCUUUUCCAGUGUGACCAUACAUUUCUUUUGCAGUGUCCAUGUCUGAAUUACAAAAGAAGAUAAAAACCUAGAUUGCACUACAGGAAAUACGUUGUUAAGAGGUAAUAUAAAUGUAUCAUUCUAUGUAUGGAGAGAGAUGUACAGGAAUAAUAAUGAUUUUUCACCGGUGAACUGUAUUCACUCUUCUGACAGAUUGUGACUUAACAGAAUGUUUCAAAUCAUUGUGCAAAGGUGCCCUCUUGUGGCUAAGAGAGAGAAUUUAGACUUCCCACUUGGUUGUGAUGACCUGCAACUUUGCUGCUAAAGAAAGAUGUAUGAAUACAUUUAUGUGACAUGGUUCAUUUAUCUUCCUUCAUCAAAAUAAAUAAAGGCAGUUGAAAUUUUGCUUCCUUUCUGUUUUUGAAUAGUCAUAUUUUCCCCCUGAACUUUAGGAACAUUUCCCUAAAGGGAAAUAAGUCGAUUAUUUUUUUCUUCCACUUACACAUUACGUAGUGACCAGAUUAGAUCCACGUUUAGUGAUUUCCUGUUGAUUCCAUUCUGCA